UCGUAGUUCAUGCGCAACCGCUACUAAAUUUUGCGGUUGAAGUGACUCCAUAAGCGUCAGCACUCUCCCCGUUAAUAAAGCCUAACAUAUCUCCCCCGCCCCGGCAAAAUAAACUAUCGUAAACGACGAAGCACGUUUCGCGUUUGUUUUCACAGUAAUAAAGGGAUAUAUGAAUAUCAUUACUUGUUCAGUAAUUUAUUGUGCAGUGAAUAAUGAUGGAGGAACGUUUAGAAUCUUCUGCCCUAGAAGAUAAUUUAGACAUGGGAUUAGGUUUUGGGAACGACAUUCAGAAGACAGAGAAGUUAAAUCAGUCGUUUUUGCUGCUGAAGAAGAAAUUGUUUCGAUCUCAUGAUCUUAUCCAGCAGUACAGCAACAAAAUGAAAGAAUGUGAGAGAUUGCGAAUUGAGUUGGAAACAUGCCAACGUGAUUCCGAACGAUUCAAACAACAGCACCUGACAGCCACAGCCAAAACCGUCAAGCUGACAAUGGAGAACACGAAGCUUCAAGAACUCAACAAAAAGCUCGAGAAACUCGUAGCAGAACAUGAAACACAGAUUGCUGGCGAUCAACGCUUGGUUCAGCAACUCAGUUGUAAAGUCGAGGACAUUGAGGAUCGACAUUCCGAGAGAGUUAUGCAAAUUGAACUGGAAAAAUCUGUGCUCCAGACAAAAGUAAAAGAGUUAGAACAGGAGAUUAAGAAAAUCAGCAAAAGUCACGAAAAGAAGUCUCCUAAAAAGGUGACCAAAAAACUAGCUAAAGCAUCUCCAUUCAAAUCGAGGGGUCCUCCUGCUGGUCUGGGAUUAAUUGCGGACGAUGAACCGUUCUCCGAUGCCGUAAAGAAAUCCCCAGAGCAUCAAGGCUCUGAUGAAUUUGACAAGAAUAUUAUCGAUGAUUUUUCAGAGCUUCCACGAAUAGAUUUCCCAAAAGAACAGGGUAAAAAGACUCAAAAAUUUACAUCCGAUGAAAAUGAUAAAUAUACCAAAGAGUCAGGGGAAAUUGAAAGCAAUCAAGACAAUAAAAUCUUCCAGAAAUCAACCAGAGAAAUUGGAGUGAAUGUUGACAUAUCUAUUUCCCCAUCAAAACCUGUGACGAUGGACAAAAAUAUAAUGACUGACGAGUUCUACAAUUUGACGGAUAACCCUUAUCCGCUGUUCUGUGCGAAAUGCGAGAAUUUGCUUGAGAAGUCGCUAGACGAUCUCAUCUGCAGAGCAACGAAACUCCCUCCUAAUAUUCCCAAACUCCCCCCUUCACCUCUUCGAUCUGUGAGAGCAAUACAAUCCCCAGAAAAAGAUAAAUUCGAGCAUCCUGUGAUUCUAGACAGUCUUCAGAGGAGAGUCAAACUCUUGGAGAAGCGAAUGAGACGCCAGAAGAAGGCAGAAAUUUUCAAAAAAUCCUCGUGUUGUAAUCAUUCACAAUCCCUGGGUCAUUGUAACCAAAAAAAUUCCUUCAAGGAACCCUUCCAGUUCGACAUGAUGACAGAGUUUUUUGGUAGGAUGAUGCAGCUCCCUGGGUUUCAGGGAUUGAGGAGCCGAAGAGAUAGUGUUAAAAGCCGCAGAAGGUUAUCCUCUAUGAGAAUGAAGGACCGUUGGAGGACGGAGAAGAGGAAUUUAAGCUCCGACACCUGGGACAUAGAAUCCGAUGAGGAACGUCGAGGUCUUGACGAAAGCAAUGCAUUCCCCAGACCUCGCGCAUCAUUCAGGGCUACACUGAGAAAUGGCGAACAGGAUUAUGAUGAAGACCCAGAGGAUGAUUUCUUCAAUUCCAUGCCUUCUAAUAGACUUGGGCGGAGAAGAAGAGAAACUCUUAGAAAAAUAACCGAAGAAUGUGGGGGUAGAUCUCAAGGAAGAUCCCCGGAACGUCUGGAACCCAAAGGGAAUUUCAAUUCAACUUCUUUGGACAGAACUGGCAGACGGAGACCUUCUUUGAAAGAUAUUAUUAAUUCACCGAGAGCGUCUAGUCCUAAAAGGAGACACGAGACUCCACCAUCAUUAGAAAGAGUCGACAGACCAAGGAAACAAACUGUGAGGGCGUUUGAGGAAUCCAUUGCUCCUCCUCGAGAACCAUCGUCAUCCCCUGAACCGGAAAGGAAUUACAUCCACGAAGGUAACUUGGUUCCCUCAACUUGUGAAAAACGAAAACGUACUGCAUCAUCAUCGAGUCAAAUACCUGAAGAGACAAUUCCAAAGAGGAAGAAACGAACAGACGAUCCACCAAAACCAAUCAGCGUUCGAUCAAAUUUGUUAAAGAACUUGAGACGAUUGAAAAAGGAUAAAGCUGCGGUUAAAACAAUCUCCACUAGUGUGAAUAGAGACGAAAGAAAUGAAGUCAAUGUCACACAGCAAGUCACACAGCAAGAUCUUCCAGGGCCAAAGAAACGAAUUGCUCACGUGCCGAAACAACCAGAGCUUCCGUGCCCAUCAAAUAUAAUUGAAGAUGAUCGGCGAAAACUUCCGGAGAUCUCGAUCUCAGCGAAUGUAGGAGAAAAAAGGAUAACUCGGUCGUUAAGAAAAUUCUCGGUCGAUACACACAAGAAUGAUCUAGGUAGUACUACCGAUAGCGCCCCAAAUCAACCAAAUCCACCAAUUCCAAAACGUCAGGAGGAGACAAUUUUGCAGGUCGAACCCACAAGUGAAAAGACUUUAGAAGUAAUUAAUGAAGGGUUUAACCUGAUGAUAGACGAGCCUUCAGUACCUUCCAACGGUGAAUCACCAGCAUCCCCAACUGGAGAAACCCCAGCGUCGCCUUCUGGAGAGCCUUCAGAAAUUCUACCAGAGACAAUAAAGAUUCCUUUAAUCUAUGAAACUGCAGCAGUGUCUGACUAUUCCGACAGUGAACCCCUUCAAAAUCCCUCAAACUGCGUAAGGGAAUUACGAAACAGGCAGAUCCAUGUGAGCCCAGUGAAGCAGAAAAAUUCCUUUUUUAAAGAACCAAUGGAGCCUCUGGUGUCCCCCUUGCCUUUGCCGCUCUCACCCCUAUCAUCUCCAUCUCUUCCAUCCACCUCAAGAUCUCAAGUUCCCCAAAACAUCGAGGAUUUACUGGACAACUGGCUCGUAACAUCGAAAAAACGUCGAGGAAGAAAGCCAAAAGCCUUGGAAGUAUCAAAAAUACUUCAGUCAAAAGCAGAGAAUCUGAUAAAACAGGACCUGACGAGGCUGCUGGAGUCGCCCGACUGGGACAACGCCCUCCACACACGUGUCUCCACCCAAAUGUUAAACACGAAAAGUCCUCGAACAGUAGCCAAGGCCAUCCUCGACUUCCUGAUCGACAGAUCAGCCACGGGCGAACCCCUGGAUCUCACGUACACACCUCCAGCCCCUCCCAUGACGAAGAGUCUUCAGAGGAUCGUAACUCUUCUGAAAGAUCUCGAUUCAAAAAUUCCAGAGUUAAUUAAUUUUGUAUUCCAGGGGAUUGAGUACGCCCUUUUCAGAUUGAAUGCCACUCCUACCUGGGAGACGGUUGAAGAGCUAUCGAAAUUGUUCACUGUCCUGGCGAGAAUCAGGAAGGAUCGUGAACGAGUGAGGAUAAUGUGCUGCGACGCUGUCUACGGUCUCCAGAAAAGAAGUUUGAUAGUUCUCCAUGCUGUCUUGACGUGUUGGCCCGAGGUUUUGCCCCUGUAUGAUGCAGAUAAGGAUCAAUACUUGCCAAUCAGCAUUGCUCACACCAUUAGAUCGCAGGCGGUAAACGAUAAUUCCAAGUGCGAACAGGUGAAGAAGCUUAUCAAAGGAUACUUUAAGUACCCUCAGAACGAUCCACCUGAAGUUCUGGGUAACAAACUCCUGGAGGCUCUUGGAAGGAAUUAUGAUAAGUCUGUGGAAACUGCGAUUUUACUGCUCGCAAAGAGAGAGGGAACCGACUGGACACACAAGAAUGUCAUCCAGGGGGGACUGAUGCCGAUGAUUGUGGAGGGAAAGUGCUCGGAGAUUUAUCACUCCUUAAAACUCCUGGGGUUCCUACUAAGGCCUUUUCCAAUUUUUGAUAAGGAUGGGGCUGUCAAGAAAAUUGUGGAACAACUCAGGGCCCUUGCUGAGGCUGAUACUGGAUCCGUGGACCUUCAGGAGGGUGCCAUUUCUGCCCUAAUGAGUUUAUCUCGGCACAGGUUCGAGGACGUUGCUGGUUCUGUUCUGAGUUGGCGACCCACUCGAGCGCUACCUGAGUUACUGCAUGAGCAGAUAAACGCAUUCUUUGCUUCUCGAGGCUCAUACUGGAAUCACAUUAAGGCUAAGAACCGUAAACAUGCUGCCGGCUUGUAACUUCAUGAAGGAAUCAAAGAAAGGGACAUUCCUUAAUUGAUGAUAACGAAUUAGUUAUCAUUCAUUAUAUCUUUUGUCAGGUAGAAUCGAUCCUUUGGGGCUUACCAGGCGAGGAAUGAAUGAAUCUAAUGAUAUUUGUAAUUUGUUAGCAAGAGGGAAGGGACUCGCUAUGGGAAUCUUCUCAUUGCAUGUAGAUAUAUUUAUUCGUAUUCUAUGGAUCAGUGAAAUAAACGAAAUGAUUGAUGAUUCUAUCUGGAGUUUAAUGAAUGAUUUUCAAUUUAGUGCAUUGAACCGGUUUCAAUUAUUUUGGAGUGUUCGGUGUUGCGGAAGAAUAAAGCGAAAAUGAGUUGAAUAUGUGUCAUUCAGUUUUCACCAUCUCCGCAUGUUUUAUUCUAUUUUGUGACAUAUUCUAAUUAUUUACAUCUUCACAGAUGAAUUAGGAAUGAAUCGACGACUAAAUAAAAUCUAUAAUUGCGCAAAUUACCUAAAAAAAUCUUCAAUGCAUUUUAUUGCUUCUUUAUCCCCUUUUAGCUCAAUUAAGCAUAAUCAAUAAUCAAUCAGUUCCCCACCUCGACCAGUACAAAUAAUCAAGAGUUAUGUAACGACGAAUUAAUUUGAAUAAUUUGGAAUCCAUUAUUCGUCCGUUGAGUGAGCACUGUGCAAAAAAACUCCGGUGCGAAUAAAUUGACGCGUGUAAUGAAUCAUUCAGUGUGAUCCAUGGUGAGUCAAUCUGGCCAAUUGAAAAUCAAUAGUCUGUCUAUCGACUAAAUGUCGUCUCCGAGAAAUUCCACAUGCAAACGAGUCGAUGAAUGGAUAAAAUUUCUGCAAUCGAAUACUGUCCCCAAUCCUCUGAUUCUCUCCUUCACCUCUGGAUCUUUCUUCCGCGUUUGACUGCAACAUCCGAUGAAUAUUCAAAUCCCCGUUCAUGCUCUAUCGCUCAGACCAUAAUUAUAGGAUCUCUGCGUUCAUCGAACCCGAUAUGAACUCGAGAAAAAAGAGAAAUGGAAGAAAAAGAAGAAUAAACGCUUUCUUCCCACCAAUCCAGGAUCUCCAAUCAUCCCCCAUAUAAUAUAGGUAAAAAAAAACAUAAAAAGAA